AUGUCCAGAUCACACACAGAAAUCUCAGCUCUGCAUCUAAACAGAUUUUUCUCACUUCUCUCUCUCGAUCCUGCAGCCAAGCUGAACCACUACGGCUCUGAGGACCCCCGGGAGAGAGAGGUGGCAGGGGGCACAAGGCCCACCCCUGCCUUUGCCACUCCAGCAGAGGGCUCUCUGCUCAUUCACAGCAUCCUGCACGAGAUCACCACCAUCCGCCAGUUCCUCGAGAAGCGUGAUGAAUUUCGCGAUGUUGCCCGUGAGUGGCUGCAAGUGGGCUACGUGUUGGAUGUCCUGCUCUUCCGAGCAUACCUGGUGGCUGUCCUGGCCUACACCGUCACGCUGGGCACCCUCUGGUCGGUGUGGCAGUAUGCCUGA